AUGGAGUUUUUCUUGGAAAGUAAAGCAAAGAAAUCGAAAAUAAUUGAUGUUUGCCCUGAUAGUGAUUCCGAUUUUGAAACUAACAGCAGUCAACUGACACAAGUUCAAAACCGUGCAGCCUUCCAAAAAAAGUCGCUAGCGCGAAGUCAAAAAGCAAGAAAGCAUCGAAGGUUAAGGAAGGAAGAACAAAUCCAUCCACAAAAAUUCUUGAUAGAAACCCUCCUCAUAAAAUGUCAGAUAGUACAAUUGUAAAUUGUGAUACAAAAACUCCUAACGAAAUCUCAGACAUCACUAGCACAAAAACGGCUGAACCGCAGCUCUCCUUACCACCGGAAAACAGUAAUUGUGUUUUAGAGUCUGGAAAUGAUUAAUAUUGAUUCAGAAUAUCACUGAAAGUCGUGUAAUGAAAACAGUGGCAAUUUUGGCAUUGCAAAUUUGGAAUCAUCUGAUAAGACAAAUCUGAAAGUCCGCAUGACAUGACAAAAACUUCAAAAUUGAAGCUUUCCUUGACACAUGGAAAUAAUAUUGUGUUUUGGAGAUUGGAAAUGAUUCGUCAAUGUCAGAGCCUUAUUGAAAGUUCGUCUAAUGCGAAUAGCACUAAGAAUUUUGAGGAUGAAUCGGAGGAGAUCAAUUUGGAAACAUUUAAUGACAAAAAGACUGAAGAGACGUAAAGGCUGAAGAGAACAUAAAGGCUGAAGAGAACAUAAAGGCUGAAGAGAGUGUAAAGGCUGACAGUUUGCGUAAAAACACUGAAACAUCCCAAGCUGGGCGGAAACUCCCAAAAAGAGUUUCUUUGAUAUAUUAAUGCAAAGCUCUAAAGCGAAAGCUUUUGUGCAGCAUAUUGGCGCUGAGGUUAGUAGAGAAAUAAGGUAACAAUGUUAUACACCCUUCCGUUGUAAGAAGGUAACAAUGUUAUACACCCUUCCGUUAUAAGAAGGUAACAAUGUUAUACACCCUGGGGGGGGGGGGGUCCCACAAGACAAUCAUUCUAAACAUCGCUAUACCGUAAAACUGUCGAAAAAUACUCGAAAUAUUAUCAACACUGCGCUAAAAUAAUAACAAGGCUUGAGUCUAUGAUAAUUUUACUACACACUUACAACUUUUCCGUGAAAAAAUAAGUUUUCUAAAACGGAAAAAAUUACGAAAAGUUUUCUGCUAUUUGUUCAGUGUUUUGAUGACAGACCCGUUGCAAACAAGCAAGGCCUUGAAAGUCCUUUUAAAAAAUCUUUCUUUUCUUUUGCAGUUUCUGGACCAAUUGCUCCAAUAUUUCUACCUGGGGCUUGGCGUCGUGCCAAAACGAAACUUGAAGAAGCAGAACGAUUGGAAGCGCAACUAGAGGUCGUAGAAAUUGAGGAGAAUUCAAGUUCACUUCAAGGCUCUCAAACCAGCAAGUUGCCAACACAAGAUGAAGAUGAUAAUCCCUGCAUUGUCAACUCAAGCGAGAAUUCUACAACCAACAAUGUGUCAACAUCAAGCAUGGCUGUCUUCUUGAGCUUGUUUCAGAAACCAACACCAAAGCCAUCCACUAUGGUUGUACAGUUAAUAGAAGCUCCAUUUCCGAAAGUUACCCAUGUUCGACAGCAAGACGACGAGAAGGAUACAAAGUGGAAUUUGCCAAUGAUUAGAAAUCGAUUUAUCAAGGAAGAAUACUUUUUCAUGCUUGGUAAGUUUGAAGUAUAUUUUGGCUAUGAAUGUAUUCCUAUAUUUGGGAAAAUUUAAAGUUCCACAAAUCCCAAAUAGGUCUUUUUGUACAGUAUGUGUAAUAUUUGGGUCAUUCUAAGAAAAAGUAAUAUAUCUUUAUAGUAAAAAUAUCGUCAUCUUAAUCAACUUUUCAUUUUCAACCUUUCCGAAUAUGAUGUCAUUAGGGAAAACUUAUUUCCAAUCUGACCACUUUGACGGCGAAGAAGUUGAUCAAGAUGAAGAUUUUUACUACAAAGAUACAUUACAUUUCUUCUUAGAAUAAUCCAAAUAUAGGUAGAGAUGAUAACAGACAGCUGCGUUAUGGAGAAUAUACAAAUACCUGAAAAUAUAAGCAGAACGUAAACUUUCAAGCGAAGGCCCUUGGCGAAGGCCUCUCGUUGGGGACAUGCGACGCUGGAAGUUCUGUUUAUAUUUUUCAGGUACAGUUGUACAGGCUUUACAACACAGCUAUCUUUAUUUGCAGUUACUCGCACUUCAUUACAGUCUUCGGAAAGUAUCUCACUUUGGCUAUAGUCAGGCGGUGAUCGCUAGAUAGUAUACUUCAAAAUAAGGUUUCCGUUUUUAUAACGUAGAAAAAAACUAUCCUAACGCAAAACUAAACCCUAACCCUAAUACUAACCCUAACCUAACCCCAACCUAAACCCUAACCUAACCCUAACUUAUUUUAAUUAUUUUAAAAAUUGAUAUAAAAGCGGAAACCUUAUUUUGAAGUAUACUAUCUAGCAAUUGCCAUAGUCAGGCCUCGAAUUUCCCUGAAAUCAAUCGACGGCAAUGGCGUUAAACAUUGCCGUAGAACGUAACAGCUGUCUACGGCAAUUUUGGCAGUUUCCACGGCAUUUUUCAAAUUACUGUAAUAAAACUUUAAUUUUGUUGUUACUUUGGAUUUUUGACAAGCUAGAAACAUGUCUACGGGACUAAAUAGUGAUUUACGAAUGAUUUGAUCAACAUCUGAAUUCAAGUAUCAAAGUAGUAACGCACAGUGAAUAGUAUAAAAAUUGUACUAUACGGCGAAAAAUGCCGUCGUUUCCGCAAUGAUCCACGGCAUUUUGUUCUCCCUCUACGGCACUUGCCGCGAUAAAAUUCGAGCCCUGGCUAUAGUGCCUCGUUUGUAAAGAAUGUGCCAUUAGUUAAAACUCAACGUCUUAAUCACGAAAACGAGGCUCAAUGGCCAAGUUAACGUACGUACUGGAAUCGUCUAUUUACGUUCACUUUAUGUUUUUUAGAUUCAAAUGGCUCUAUUAAGGAGCGAAAUCUCUCGUCGUGGUUCAGGGGAAUAGGUAUUUCUUGUUCAGAAGAGAAAACUACAGUUGAUUCAAAGGUGCAGAAAAUUUUCUUUCAGAAACGCGGGGUUUCGAUGUUUUCGUACGAAAAAUCCUCUGAAAUCGUGCAUUAGUUAAGCCGGUGUUGCACUAGUGACUACAGUACAGUGAAGCAUAUAGCGUUGUUAAGGAUUCGAGGGUUGGGCCACGGGCAGGAGAACAUUAGGAAGCACGAGCGGAAAUGAAAUUAUGAACGCUUUAACCUUUGUCUUCCUCUACGCGUCAACUCCUCAUAUAGCAUAUUCGAGCGAAGUACUACAGCAACUUCCUUCUGUUUCUGUAACAGAUUAGUAAAAGAUUGUGUUUUGAUUUUGCAAGAAUGAGUGAGAAAUUACUCAAAUUGAUGUAGCUAGCUAUAAAGGUUCGGCCGUGCAGUGCUCGUAAAGUUGCCGAUGGCCGAGUGUUAAAUUGGAUGCUGUUGUCAUACUUAAUCAUAUUCAAUAGUUGUAUUUGUUUUGUAUACUACACUGAGAAUACCAACAAUCUUUCAAUUUCUGUAUAGUGCAUUCAACUGAAAGUUGUACUGGAAAUGGACAAGAGUCAAAAACAAAAGAUAGUGUCCUACCUGAAGACGAUUUAUCAAGGCGUUCCUGUGAAAAGGUUGUUCAAACGGUGCGAACAUCAGCUGGAACUUUGUGAGAAAUCAUUAAUGGAAAAUGAGAAUAUCGCUUCAUUGGUUGUCCAGAAAGAGAGCUUUAAAAGAGCACAGGUCCCCAGUAUUAAAGGUACAUGUAAUAAUUCAUCAUGGUGCCGGACGUUUGGCCAAAUGGAAGCAGGAACUAAUUUUUGCUAACCUGUUGCUGCAAAUUUCAGGCCAUAAAACCCUUACAGUAUGGUUUAAAAGUAAAUAAUAAUUUGCUCUAAGUAAUAGCAUAGUUUUCGGUACAAUUUGGAAACAAUGUAGAAAACUCUGUACUUCAAAUUUCAAUUACCUAUUAGUUUAUUUUCAUUAUUGAAAAAUAGCCUUUAUUCUCAUUGGCUCCCUCAGCAGUAACUCUGAGACAAUAGUUACUGCAUGCUCACAAUAACUAUUGCUUUUCAAAAAACAUGGCUGAAAAUUAGACGAAAGUAAGUUAUUUAAGCAAAUUAUAUUUAUAAAAUAAACACGUGUAUCAGUUGUAUUUAUAAAUAAAAACUUUUCAGUACUGAAAUUAUACUAAAACAAUUAGUCGCCCCAGGCUCGGUGAUUACAAACCUAUAUUCAUUUCGCCUUCGGCUCAGUGAAUGUAGGCUUGUAAUCACGUCACCUUCGGUGAUUAAUUGUUAAUUCAGACAUACAUACAUACAUACAUACAGUGCCGUGUUUCUAAAUAGAUUCGUUAUUCCGUAUGUUUGAAAAAUUUCGGCGUUUCGAGCAAAGGCCCUUUGUCUGGAAAACACACGCGUUUUAUGCUAUAGUGGAAACAGAAACAAUCUCGUGAUAAAAAUAAAACCAAUCAGAUGAAUUUAAUCAAAACAAAGUGUGAACAGGACACUACACAUACUGUAUGCUAAAAAAGAAGCUACAUAGGUGAUGAAGGCAUAUUUAAUACCAUUAAUAUAUGAGAAAAUUGAGAACAAGUAUAAAGUAAGAAUGUAUUGAGAAAUAGAAGUACUGUCAACGUCUGCUAAUGUCAAGCACAAACAGAUUAAAGUUAAAUAUAGGAAAACGCUCAUUAUUGAUAAUAUGUGGGUGGACAGUGCCAAGUUUGGAAACAUGACGCAUUUCAUUUCUUGCAGUUAUUAUUGCUACCAUGCAGAAAUGGGAUAUAGGGCUCAAAUUUUCAUGUCCGAAACUCUGUGAUUGCCAUUUUAUGUUUGCGUGAAGACGAUAGAAUGUUUCGUAUUAUGUUUUUAACAGCACAAAACAAAAUAAUUUUUAUUUGGAAAUCUUAAUUUAGGACCAGCAGUGCCGGCUUCAAACUUCACGAAACUUCAAAAUACUCAAGUUCCCGAGAAGAUGGAGUCUUUCACAAAAAUUUCCAGGAAAAAAACAAAGGCUAAAGUCAAAGCAAAAGCAGAAAAGAAAAAGGAAAGUCCGCUGUUCCUGGCGUUUAAAAAUCAGGAAAACGCUUCUAAUAAUAAAACGGAAGAGAUUGUCAAAGCGAAAUCAAAGAAGGAACGAGUCAAGAAGACCUCUAUCAUGGACUUCAUGGGGAUUCAGACAAAGGAAUCAGAAAAUAUAUCCGAAAUUAAACGAAGGUAAGCACUUUAGCGAAUGUUCUUCGUAAAGUAAAUUUAACAAGGGCAAAUGGGCG